AGAGAGAGAGAGAUGAUGCACAAGCCUAGCUUUGAGAUCUUUGCUUUCAUUUUGAGUCUCGGCCUGAUUUCUUCCGAAUUCGGUUGCUCGAAUGCCUACGGGACUGCAAACAUCUUCAAUGUGUUAGAUUAUGGAGCUGUGGGAAAUAGCAUUACUGAUGACUCUCAAGCAUUUCUGAAGGCAUGGAAAGCUGCAUGUAGCACACCAACAGGCACCCCUAAAGUGGCCAUUCCACCAAAUAAGUCAUUUCUACUGAAUCCAGCUCUCUUUCGCGGUCCAUGCAGGGCUAAAAACAUCGAUUUCGAGAUUUCCGGGACGAUUCUGGCACCAAAGUCCCCAACCGUAUGGAACCGGCUCGAUGCAAGUCAGUGGCUAGCGUUUAGUGGCGUGACCGGACUCAACGUGUAUGGCAUGGGCGCGAUCGACGGAAGAGGAAACGGUUGGUGGGAUCAAUCAUGCAGAUAUCGCCCUCAGCUGAAUGGAUGUACUAAAUUGGCCCCAACUGCCUUGAAGUUCAUUUCAUGCAAUGAGAGCAGUCUCAGAAGUGUUCAUUUCAUCGACAGCCCACAGACUCAUGUCCUUGUACUGGGUUGCAAUUUUUUUGAUGUCAACAAUGUGACAAUCCAAUCCCCUGAAAACAGCCCCAACACUGAUGGCAUUCACAUCCAGUUCUCUCACCAUCUCACCAUCAGUUACACCAACAUAGCCUCUGGUGAUGAUUGUGUUUCUAUUGGAGAUUUCACCUCUCAUCUUAGCAUAACCAAUGUGAACUGUGGACCUGGUCAUGGUAUAAGCAUUGGAAGCUUAGGCAAGGAUGGCAACUUUGUGCAAGUAGAGAACAUCCAUGUGAGCAAUUCUUUCUUCAAGGGAACAACCAAUGGAGCUCGGAUCAAGACAUGGCAGGUUGGGAAGGGCUACGUUCGGAAUGUCAUGUUCGAAAACCUUCACUUCGACUCGGUGCAGAACCCGGUGAUCAUCGAUCAAAACUACUGCGACGUUAGGGGCGCGUGCCAGGAACUGACGACCGGAGUUCAAGUGAGCCAGGUCACGUACAGGGGCUUUGACGGGACAUCAAGCACCGAUGUAGCAAUUAAUCUCAACUGCAGCCAGGCUGUUCCGUGCACUGGAAUUUCUAUGGAGUCGAUAAACCUCGUUGCAGCCGGUGUUGGAAGGCAAGUAAUUGCCGAUUGUGGAAAUGCUCAUGGGAAAGAAACAAGAGUUGUACCUGGCCCCUGUUUGCAGAACUGAUACAGACGUGAUCGUGCGAUUAUCGAUGCAUUGCGAUAGAGAGACGAGAGUAAUUUUUUACGGAAUAAAAACCCGUGCUACAACCGUAGAUUCUUCCAUGAAAUAUCUUGGUUGGUUGCACUGAAAUCAUAGGAAAAAGGAAAGAACAGCUCAAAAUUGCUGUUGUUCUUGAUUAGGGUAUUCUCUCUAAAUCUAGUCGUUAAACAGUUCGUUCUGAUUUUAAAA